AUGGAAGCAGAUAACCACACAGGCACAUCACAAUUCCUUCUGCUGAGCCUCUCAGAUGAUCCUGUAUUGCAGCCUCUUUGCUUUGGGCUGUUCCUAUUCAUGUACUUGGCCUCAGUGCUCGGGAACCUGCUCAUCAUCUUGGCCGUCAGCUCUGACUCCCACCUCCACACCCCCAUGUACUUCUUCCUCUCCAACCUGUCCUUUGUGGACAUCUGUUUCAUCUCCACCACAGUCCCCAAGAUGCUGGUGAACAUCCAGUCAGAGAACCAAGGCAUCUCCUAUGUAGAGUGCCUCACUCAAGUGUAUUUUUUAAAUACUUUUGCUGGAAUGGAUAAUUUCUUACUGGUUGUGAUGGCCUAUGACCGCUUUGUGGCCAUCUGCCAUCCCCUGAACUACACAGUCAUCAUGAACCCACAACUCUGUGGCCUUCUGGUCUUGAUCUCUUGGGUCAUAAUGUUCUGUUUCUCCCUGAUUCAUAUUCUACUCAUGAAGCAACUGACCUUCUCCACAGGCACGGCAGUCCCUCAUCUCUUCUGUGAACUGGCUGAGGUUCUCAAGGUAGCCAGCUCCGAUGCCCUCAUCAAUACCGUCUUUCUAUAUGUGGCAACUGCUCUGCUGGGUGGGCUCUCAGUCACUGCAAUCUUGUUUUCUUACUCUCAGAUCAUGUCUCUUUUGUUAAGAAUGACCUCUUCUGUGAGCAGGUAUAAAGCUUUCUCCACUUGUGGGUCUCACCUCUGUGUGGUCUCCUUGUUCUAUGGGACAGCAUUUGGGAUUUAUCUCAGUUCUGCUGUGAAUAUUUCUUACCAAAGUAGUACUAUAGCCUCUGUGAUGUACACUGUGGUGACCCCUAUGCUGAACCCCUUCAUCUACAGCCUGAGGAACAAGGAUGUGAAUGGGGCACUGGGAAGACUCCUCGGCACAGGAGCCUCUGGUCCUUCAUGA